CAUUCAAGCUGAAGGGAAAAAGGAAGGAGGAGAAUGGCAUGAACCGAAACAACUGAACUGAACUGAACCAAGAACUGCCAAGAAGAAGCCAGAAGACGCUUUAUCUUCUCUUGAUUCUUCAGACUACUGGACUACUGAGACUGAUUGCUGGACUGGAUAUCAUGGAUUCCCAGGCUGAUGCACGCGUGGAAUGCGACAUUUGCCAGAAGCCCUGCAGCUCUAAGAAAGAUCUAGAAAUUCAUGUCAGGACCCACGUGAAGAGGCUCAAACAUGGUCGAAACCCGGCCGAAGAGAAGUCUGUUUGCUUUUAUCUGGGAGCGAACUCUUUUGGGCAGAUUUCGAGUUUGUCAAGUUUAGUGUGUUGGAGUCCAGUUUUAUUAACUGAAAAUCUCAACUCAGUUAUUUGUAAUUUAAGCUCUGUGGCAUGGAUAGAUGACCAAAGGCAACUCCAAUUACGUGGAUUUAGAGAAGGCGUAGGGAAAAUAAGCUUAACAGUACAAAUACCUCUGAAGAUCAAAUUCAAUAGCAUCACGUAUGCCUUUGGAUCAAUAUGUGGCAUCGCAGAUGAUGGACUAUACGGCUUGUCUGCUAAAGACGAAUGGGAAUUCAUCAAAAACAGGGUUUUAAGAAGAAUUUGUGACGCAAAGGAGACGAUAAGACGUGUGAAAACUUGCAGAAAUACAGUUUACUGCUUGACAGGGAAAGGACAAAUUUUUAACCUAAUGGAGGAGGACGAAAUGCAGGUGAAGAUUCCUGGGACUGUUUUUUCUUUUGACUGUGGAGAAGAGCAUUGCAUAGCAGCUACAGAAGAGAAGGAGGUCUACUCCUGGGGAAGUUCUCUUAAGGGACAGUUAGGUCGCGGCACAUUGCAAGAUGAACCUCUGCCUGAGAGGAUACCAGCCCUUGGUGGUUUGAAUAUCAUUCAGAUUGCUUGCGGCAAGUGGCACAAUGUGGCCCUCACUUCUGAAGGAGAUUUGUAUGUGUGGGGUUGGAACAAACAUGGACAGUUAGGAUUACCAUGUCCCGAUCUUAAGGAUUUACAGACCAUAGAGUCAUCAGUCACUGUGCAAGCUGAGCCUGUGCUUUUAGACUUCCAAAUUGGAGUGAGGAGAAUCGCAUGUGGAUCUGCUCAUACCCUUGUUUUAGCUGAUGAUUCCACUGUGUGGGGUUGUGGCUUGUUAAAGUUUGGUCAGCUAGGAAAGCAAAAUUGCAGCGAAAAAGAAGACAAACUAGUUUCAAUUCGACUACCGAAGGGUAAAGUAUCCGAUAUUAUUGCAAGUGAUUGGAGCUCAAUAUUUUUGUUUGGAAAAUAAAAGAGUAAAAGCACUUGGGAGAAAUAAAAUACUG